UACAGGAAAGCCGCUGGUUGUGAUGGUGGCUAUGACAAACCUUCAGCCUGAAGACCCGGGAGGGAAAAAUGAAGCUGACAAGAAGCACGUUGCUGAGUGAUCCUGGGUUCCCAUCCUCCGCACCCGUGCAUCCACGCGUGGGCCCAGCCAGCAAGGAGAAGUCUAACAGGCAGGAGGAGGGGAGACACAAGGAGCCCCCGCAGGCCUGCCGGGCUGUAUGGACCUAACAGCAGGGACACUUGCACCUCAGCCUGGACCUGCUGCCCUGCUCUUCCUUCUCUGGGUCUCAUGCAAAACUGGCAUCUUUCAUGUCGCAGGCCUGUAUCCUGACAGAGAGCUGGAGAAUUAACAUCGCCCUGGGAAGAGCUGUGAAUGAGUACUGCUAUCCAUCCCACGUGAGCGCGAGCUGCUCCUACUCCUCCCUGCUGAUAAAGAGGAGAAACUGCGUUCAUCGGAUGCUUGGCUGUGUGCCAUGUCUAUGGUCGCUGGCUCUAGAAAAAGUUCCACAUGGGCUCAGCAGCUGUGCUUGGGACUACACUUGGCAGCAGUUUUAGGAUGAAGCUUCUACCAACCUGAGUGUCUGAGUAAGAUGAGCAGAAUUCCCUCACCCACCAAUGCUAUGCUGUUGGACUGAGGGCUGAAGUUUCUAGCUGGCUGUUCAGGAGAGUCUGCCCUCAGUCUUGAUUCCUUGCCAUGUGGGCCUCUCCAACAUGACUAUGUGCACCAUCCAAGUGCACCUGCUGAGAAGGGAAUAGAGAGAUUCUGCUAGCAAGAUGGAAGCUGCCCAUGGAAUCACAGAAGUGACUUUUGCUGCAAUCUUUCCCCUGCACAAGCUGUUUUUGCCUGCUGCCAUCCAUGUAAGAUGUGACUUGCUCUUCCUUGCCUUCCGCCAUGACUGUGAGGCUUCCCCAGCCACAUGAAACUAGAUCAAGUUAAAGAAUAAUCCUUGGUAAAUCUUGGCUGCGGGUGACUGAUGGAAGUUUCAGAGGCUGGACUGGAAGAUAAAACUGGGGCAAGAUGUUGCACAGCAUGGCCUCAGGAACCUGAGCUCCAGCAACCUGCGGGUCCCAAUGGAGGCGAAGUCAAGGAGCGUCUCAGGGAGUGGUUGAUGUGUGAAGUCUCUGUCUGCCCAUCUGAAUAACAAGAGAUGGGGCUUGUGAUUUUCCUCCACGCACCCCUACCUGAGGGCCUCCAGGAGGAAUGAUGUCUCAAACAGAAACCUGCAUAACAUCAGCCCAAACCAAGGACCCAUUUUAUCAUCAAAGAGGUGUGCCAUGAAUGCAUGACUGUGGGAUCCACUGCUUUGACCACAUAUGGAUGACUUGGAAGCUGCCAGCCUACAUGAACAAUGAAAAGGCCAUUGAUGGCUCAGCAAAGUUGCCAGCUGAGGGCCAAUGCUCCCCAGGGUUGGCCUCGAGGGUGGCCACAGUGCUGUAACAACAGCCAAUGUGGUGCUGAACCUGCAGCCUACCUAUGGUGCUUUGACACCAAUUGUCAGGACACACGGGUCUGGAAACCAAAUCUUGGAAGUAGGAUUGGUUGCUUUCUGUGUAACUCCUAGUGACCCACUAGUAGAAUUUUGCUUCCUAUCCCUGAGAACUUAUAUUCCACAGGACUAGAGAUCCUGGUUCCUGGGACGAAGCAGGGCAGCUUCUGCUGAGGUUCACAGUAAAGGUUCUGUUGAACCCGAAUAUGACUAUCACUGGGUCCCUUUGGGCCCAAUAGUGGACGAGCAGGCAAAGAAAGAAGUUACUCCACCAUCAGGGGACAGAUAAUUCCAGCUCUCAAUGGGGCUAUGGUUGCUACCAGGGGACUGAAACACAGCUGAGACUGAGGAGAUUGUCGGUGGCUUCUUCUGGUGCUUCCAAGUCUGGGGAUAAUGAUGACUGGGCAAUUGCAGCCAUCAGGGCCUGAUAAACACAAGGCAACCAAGAGCUCAGACCCUGAGCGGUGAAAGGCCAGCCAGUGCUCAGGCAGGUCACCCAGACCAUCAUAAGCGCUGAUAGAAAUCUAGGACGUGCGGUGGAGGAGGGAGAUGACACGUCCCAACCAUGGUCCCUGGUUAGCUGCAGGUGGCGUGUCCACCACGCCUUCUCUUUGGAGUCAUUUGGAGAUGGUGGCUGGCCACGAUCUUGCAGGCUUAGUGACAGAACAAUCUGAGAAGAACGAGGGGGGGGGCUGCUGCAGACCCAUGUGGUGCUCUGACUCGCGCCCUCUCAGCCUAACCUCUAAUUUCAGCAGAGAUGGGGUGUGUUUCUGUUCUGUGGUUAAGUCGCUGCAUGCUCACAGCGGCUUACUUCAAGCACGGGCUGCAAGGUUUUACUUUCUUCAUCAGGAUUCCUCUCAUGCCAUGAAUGGGGAAAGUUCACAGUUGUUGGAGCUGAUAUUCCUAGAGAAAAAUGCUGGUUCUGGGUCUGGUAAUGAAGUCAUAGAAGGCCCCCAAAAUGCAACAGUCCUGAAGGGCUCCCAGGCUCGCUUCAACUGCACCAUCUCCCAGGGCUGGAAGCUCAUCAUGUGGGCUCUCAAUGACAUGGUGGUGCUGAGCGUCAGGCCCAUGGAGCCCAUCAUCACCAAUGACCGCUUCACCUCUCAGAGGUAUAACCAGUGUGGGAACUUCACCUCGGAGAUGAUCAUCCACAAUGUGGAGCCCAGUGAUUCGGGGAACAUCAGAUGCAGCCUCUAGAACAGUCGCUUGCAUGGAUCUGCUUACCUUACCGUCCAAGUUAUGGGAGAGCUGUUCAUUCCCAGUGUUAAUCUUGUAGUCGCUGAGAAUGAACCUUGUGAAGUUACUUGUCUAGCCUCACACUGGACCUGGCUCCCGGAUAUUUCCUGGGAGCUCGGUCUCCUGGUCAGCCAUUCAAGCUAUUAUUUUGUUCCGGAGCCCAGCGACCUUCAAAGUGCAGUGAGCAUCCUGGCUCUGACCCCACAGAGCAAUGGGACUUUGACUUGCGUGGCUACCUGGAAGAGCCUGAAGGCCCGCAAGUCUGCAACUGUAAAUCUCACUGUGAUUCGGCGUCCCCAAGACACUGGAGGCGGUAUUAAUAUUCCAGGUGUAUUAUCAAGUUUACCAAGUUUAGGUUUUUCAUUGCCUACUUGGGGCAAAGUUGGACUUGGACUAGCAGGCACCAUGCUUCUGACGCCGACGUGUGCUCUUACAAUAUGCUGCUGCUGCUGCCGCCGUUGUUGUGGCUGCAACUGCUGCUGCCGUUGUUGUUUCUGCUGUAGAAGAAAAAGAGGAUUUCGCAUUCAAUUUCAAAAGAAAUCUGAAAAAGAGAAGACAAACAAAGAAACUGAGACAGAAAGUGGAAAUGAAAACUCCGGCUACAAUUCAGAUGAACAAAAGACCACAGAAACCGCUUCUCUCCCUCCCAAAUCCUGUGAAUCCAGUGAUCCUGAACAAAGAAACAGUAGCUGUGGCCCUCCUCACCAGCGGGCUGAUCAAUGUCCACCCAGGUCAGCAAGUCAUCCACAGGCUUCUUUUAAUCUGGCCAGUCCUGAGAAGGUCAGUAAUACAACUGUAGUAUAGCAAAGUCUUCCCCAAGCUCCGCUGAGCCCUUGGCUGACAAUUUAAAACACGGCGAUGGCAUCCUUCCUUUCCAUCCUAAGACUGGCCUGCAGCUUUGCCAACGUUACCUGAAGAGGAGAUGUCGGAGUCAUCAGAACUGAUACUUGACAGUGAGAGAAGGAAUCGAUUUUCCCAGAUUUCAAAGUAAAAUGUGACUUUUAAGAGGUUUCAUGGUUUUUGUGAAUUCCGUGAGGUUACUAAGUAAAAGUUGCAAAUUCAUCAUAAUUUUUCUCAACACUCAACACUCCUACUUGUUAAUCCAACAAAUGGUAGAUAAAAGUCUGUAUUCUACCAUGCCUUUCAAAAGUUUUUAUUAUCUGAAAGCAUAUGAAGAUGAUAUUUAUGUAUAUUUAAUAUGUAGGGGUAUUAUUACAUAUUAUCAGUGAAAUAUGAGUAUAAAAAUUAGGGUCAACCAGAAAUCUGCAACUGACUGUCAAAACUGAGCUCAGUUAAAGUAAGAUUCAAUUCUAACGUGGAUGUGCACGUUCCUAAAUAUCUUAUGAUUGAAUAUUUACAUGAAGACAUUCACUUUUAUCUGCCCCUUUAUCAGACCUAUUUGCAUCUCCUCAAAUGAAUUAGAUGUGGCCUAUGCUUUGCAGAGGAUGGACCUCACCUACUCCGCACACCAUGAAAAAACUGGAAAUGGGCAUUGUAGUCUUUAAUUAAUAAAAACACCAAAAAUGUGUAUUGCCUUUCUUAACUCUUCACUAUUCAGUUGGUCAUUUAAAGAAUCAUAGUAUUCGGGAAUCAAGCCUUUUCCGAGAAGGAAAACAAGAGCCUACUGCAAAAAUCCAUCGCAUCUUCACA